ACGGUUGUUUUGACCUUUUGUUUACCGUCUGUGUUGACAAAAAUAGACACUAAAGACUGCUCGUGGACACACCGAACCUCCUCCUACUCGGUGACGACAUUAAUAGCCUCGGUGAUAACUAUAUGUGUGUGUAUCUGAGACAUGAAUUCCUCCACAGCAGACGGCUGCCGACACGUUUGCACGGAAAGCGAUUUUCCUGAACGAGUGAGCUGAGUGUCUGCUGCAGACUGCAACCUGAAAGCUCUCCUUAGCAUUGUUAUUAUUUUAGUUUCUUCUCUCAAACAUGGCCUGUAGCUUCCUCAACACGGAUGAGGCGUCUCCACCGGCUCUGGCUGACCUGUGCCUGACCCAUGUGAGCCAGAACCUGGACUGUUUCUGUGUGAAGAGGCCUGAUGGCUCCCUGUGCUUCAGAGAGGCUGUCCUCUUCCCUCAGGAGCUGGCUGACCAGCUGCUGGCCAAGAUGGCCACUGAAGGUCUGCUGAAUGACAGCACCGUGGGUGUGUUUCGGAACUGCGAGUACCUGCGGUUGAGGCGAGCCUGCAUCCGUACGGCACGCAUCUCCGCCGAGGCCUUCCAGAAAGCCCUCUGCUCUCACCGCCUGCUGGAGCUGGAUGCUGCCAGGGUCAACGCGGACCUCACUAUUCCUGACAUCCUGCAGGGGCUGUCCACUAAUAAGUAUUGCCAGGAGUCCCUCCAGCGUCUCGUCCUGACAGGUCUCACCAUGUCCUCUCUGGAGGAGCCGAUCCGGCACCGCUUCAGCUCCCUCCAGGGCCUCCGCUCCCUCUCUCUGGCCAAUGUAGACUUCUACGACUCCGGGCUCGUCGACGUCUGUUCGCUGCCUCGGCUGGAGAGCCUGGACCUCUCCAACACCUCGGUCACCAACCUGAACCCGCUGCUGGGCCUGAAGGAGCGGCUGCGAUCGCUCACUCUGCACCAGCUGAAGAGGCUGGAGAUGAGCACCGCUCAGCUGCUGGGAGUCAUCGGACAGUUGAAUGUUUUGCAGCACCUGGACAUCAGCGACGAUAAGCAGUUCACCUCUGACGUGGCUCGUCAGCUGCUCGGACAGCCAGGGAUCCUGCCCGCUCUGGUUUCCCUGGAUGUUUCUGGGAGGAAACAGGUCACAGACGCAGCUGUCAAGGCGUUUAUUGAGGAGAGACCGGGGAUGACUUUUGUGGGACUUCUGGCCACAGACGCUGGAUUUUCUGACUUCUUCUCAGGAGAAGGAACUCUUAAGGUCACAGGAGAAGCCUACGAGACUCAGAUCUGCGAGGCUCUGCGUCGCUACAGUGAGAGGGAAGGUUUCGUGAGAGAAGCUCUGUUCCAUCUGUUCAGCCUGACCCAUGUCAUGGAGAAACCCAGGCCCGACAUCCUCAAGCUGGUAGUUUUGGGUAUGAAGAACCACCCCGCCACUCUGAAUGUCCAGCUGGCAGCGAGCGCCUGCGUGUUCAACCUGACCAAGCAGGACCUGGCAGCAGGGAUGCCAGUGCGACUGUUGAGCACCGUCACUCAGCUUCUACUGGAGGCCAUGAGGACGUUCCCCAACCACCAGCAGCUGCAGAAGAACUGCCUGCUGUCUCUGUGCAGUGAUCGCAUUUUGCAGGAGGUUCCAUUCAACAGGUUUGAAGCUGCCAAACUCGUUAUGCAGUGGCUCUGCAACCACGAGGACCAGAACAUGCAGAGGAUGGCCGUGGCUAUCAUUUCCAUCCUGGCUGCUAAGCUAUCCACAGAGCAGACGGCUCAGCUGGGAGCAGAGCUGUUCAUAGUGAAGCAACUGCUCCACAUCGUGCGUCAGAAGGCCACUCAGGGCGUUGUGGACGCCACCCUCAAGUUCACGCUGAGCGCGCUCUGGAACCUCACCGAUGAGUCGCCGACGACCUGCCGCCAUUUCAUCGAGAACCAGGGCCUGGACCUGUUUAUCAAAGUUCUAGAGUCCUUCCCCAGCGAGUCCUCCAUUCAGCAGAAGGUUCUCGGCCUGCUGAACAACAUAGCCGAGGUCGGGGAGCUGCACGUGGAGCUGAUGGUGCAGGGCUUCCUGGACCACAUCAGCACCCUGCUGCACAGCCCCGAGGUGGAGGUCAGCUACUUCGCCGCGGGCAUCCUGGCACAUCUGACGUCACGAGGAGAGGAAGCCUGGACGCUGAGCCGAGAGCUCCGCUCCUCACUGCUGGAGCAGCUGCAUGAUGUCAUUAUGAAGUGGCCGGCGCCCGAGUGUGAGAUGGUGGCCUACAGGUCCUUUAACCCCUUCUUUCCACUACUGGAGUGCUUUCACACCCCCGGAGUCCAGCUGUGGGCGGCCUGGGCCAUGCAACAUGUCUGCAGCAAGAACGCCGCUCGCUACUGCAGCAUGUUGCUGGAGGAGGGCGGCCUGCAGCAGCUGGAGCUCGUCCAUACGAACCCGGAGACCCACAAAGACGUCAAACUGUUGGCUAAGAGCAUUCUGGAGAGCCUGCAGCGCCACAGAGCCCGCACCGGCCAGCCCGCCGCCACGGUCGCCUCACAGAGAAAAUGAGGCUCCCUGACCGACAGCAGGACAUAAGCUGAGUCCCACCGCAGAGAGGACUUUAUUAAGGAAACACUAGAGGACAAAUACUCAGCAACUCUUUGCACACACACACACACACAUACACUAACUUUAUUUAUUUUCUUUGUGUUUGUUUCUUGUGAUUAAAAACAAAUUUAAAUUAUGAGAACCGUUGGUCAGUUAAGCUCAAAUCUUAAGACACAAAAAGAAUUGUGUCCGUGCUCGUGCUUGUUAGUCUGACGUUGGCACCGUGAUGAUUUUAAUACCAAAAGACAAAAACAAUCAGUGCUCUCGUACAAAUCUCAGUUUGAAGGUUCCUGACACCCUCCUGCUCUUUUAGGGCUCUGGUUUCUCUGAAUUAAGUCGAUUUAGCUCAUUAGAAAAAAAAAACGCAUGACGCUGCUUUUGAACUCAAGCAUGCUGGAGUUUGUCUGAACGCUCGCACCGCGGCUGCUUGUUUUGUUUACGGCAGCGCUGUGAUUGACACUCACGCCUCUGGGUCCUCAAUGCUGCUGCUGCUGCUGCUGCUGCGCUCCUCUUUAUUUAGUCUUUUUUUUACCAGCUAAUGCCUUUGAUUUGACGCGACAGGACACUUGCCGAGGGCCGGUUCACUGGGCUCAAAUGUUCCAAAACAUUAAAGAUGAAAAACCUAAAUUACUGAGAUCUCUUUGAGAAGCUCCAGUUUAGUUUCUUUCCUUAAAUGUUUGGCAGCCACUAAAUCAGAAGAUGCCCUAAAUCAGCAGCUCCAGAGUAGAGUUCAAAUACGUUGAAAUGAUCCGAUCAAUUAUAUCUGGUAAAUUGUUAAAGUGGCAAUAAUGAUUUUUGUCAGUGUAGCCAUGACGGAUUUACAUGUGUGUUAUCGAGUCACAGCUGUGUUUUUCUCUUAGAGGAACUCGUGUGUGUAUACAUCGGUAUGUUCGCUGUGCUUUCAUAUGCGUCUCAAAGACGGAGACAGAGCUUCGGUGUGAGCAUGUGCGUAUGUACGCCUGUACAAGUAGCUGCAUCUUUAAAAGAAAUUAAAAAUAAAAUGGAUGUAAUUUGUACAUAAUAAAAAAUGAGAGAAUUAGGAAGUCAGGUUGUUCGCAUGGAAAUUAUUAUACUGUGUGUUCCACUGUUUGUUUAUCUGAGAAAAAUGAUUAAGAACAAAGUAAACAGAGAUAUGGGGAGUGUUUAUUUUCUGUUCUGAAGCAAAAACAUUAGGAUCCUAGAGAAGCUACUACUUUCUGUAGCAGCUGACCUUUAAGCCCACAAAAUCUCUUCGUUCUCAUUUAGGCCCCAAACAUCAUCCUCUAUGCAAUCAAAGAGAAUGUUGCUGACCCCUGAUUCAAUCAUGAUAUGACUCGUAUUUAAUUGGACUUAGAGAUAAGAUAUUGGGCUACUUAAUGGUACUCUGAAACACACAUCACCUCAUCUGCUGAGUGAAUCAACCGUGGUCGUAUAAGCUCGCUAAUCGUGCUCGAGCUGAUCGCAUCGGCUCCAACAAAAGGCGACGAGCAGCAGAAUCUGUGAUUUGUUUUUCUGUUUCCGUUCAGUUUGUCUGUUUUGACUGCGCCAUGUUGCUGCUGAGAGUCACGUUUUCAAAGUUUGGAAAAUAAAGAAUGUACAUUCCCA